AUGACGGCAGCGCAGAGGGAGCCAGGAGAGGGCACCAAGAUUCCUGCCACCACGAGCCUCUGUGCCCAGCUGUGCCGGAAGUCGGGGGCCAACCUGGUGGUCCCUCGCUCCGGAGAGGUCACCAUGUUGAUACCGAACUUAGUGCGCACACCUGAUGGGCACAGCGCACCACAGUCCAGAAGUCCUGGGCUCCAGCGAUCCUCCCGCCUCAGCCUCCCAGCCCCCUCCCACCUGCCCCCGGACUUGCCACCCCCCACACCUGCCCUGGGACUCACCACCCCCCUGACACCCGCCCCGGGACUCUCCACGCCCUCCCACGCCUGCCCCGGGAAUCACCGACCCCCCCACACACUUCUCGCGGGCUCGCGGCCCCUCCCUGAAAGCCUGAGAGCUCCGCUAGCCGGAGAUGGAUUUGAGCAGCUGCUUUUCUCCAUGUCUCUCCAAUUAAAAAUUCCUUCCUUCCUUGGCAACCCUUGUCUCAAUCAUUGGAUCUUUGUGCAAGGAGCAACUGGAUCUAGACGCAACCCCCCUGCAGUGUGGACAACAGGAAGACUCUUCCAGAAGGUGCCAUUGCCGCCAAGACCGCCAAGAAACCGCAGGGCCUGCACAAAUCCCAAGAUCGGGGCAGUGCACCCCGCGGGUGACGGAAAGAGCCGAAAGUUGGCGAAAAAGGCCGGGGGACCACGGGAAGGGCCGAAGAGGUUUGGCGAAGAGAGCCAAAAGGCCUCAGGGAGGACCGAGUUACGACGGAGAGGGCCGAGGAUGGACGGAAACCACCGAGGGUUGAGGAAGAGAGCCGAACGGCGGAUGGGCGGCGGGGCCCUGCAGCCAAGGCUCCGGGGAUGCACAGAAAGAACGUACGGAGGAAAGGAGAGUGGCCAGGGGGCCGGCAGCGAUGAGGGCGGGGACGCUCCCACAGGAACUGCCUCCUGGCCCACAGCAGCAGAGACUCCAGCCAUCACACAUAUGCUCCACACCUGACUGCGAGGAAGAGAUGGAGAAUGGCUGCUCCUGCCUUCCAGAUCUGUCCAGGAAUUCCAGUGGCCGCCUGCUCACCACUUAGUCCUGUACCAACCCUGGGAUGUGCAGGAGCCUGGGAGAAAAAGCCUUUUUAGAUUCCCAGCCCAGCGAGUUCCUGGUCUCUUACAGAAAAGGAAGAAAGACAUGCAUCAAGGUAAGUUAAGCGGCUGUCACAGCCGCCAGCCCAUUGGGACUCCUGGAGAGCCACCAGAUGAUCUGUUGUGUGUAGGCCACUCCCACCUGGGAUUCAGGGAACCUGGGAUAUCACACAAAUGAGCCCUGGUCUGCAGGCCUGUCCCCCCAGGGAUUUAGGGAAUCUGGGAAAACCCAACAGAUGAGCCCCAGUCUGUAGGCCAGUCUACCAAGGGAUUUAGGGAGCCUGGGACAAGCCACAGAUGAGCUGUGGUCUGUAGGCUACACCUCCUAGGGAU